UUUUCUGUUUUUUUUGAGAAACGGUCAAUACAACCACGUUCCUGAUUGGAUCUUCAUUUCCGGAUUGGAAAAGUAAUAGCAGAAGACAAACGUACGAGGGCGGGAACUUCGAUAUCAUGUAUAUGUAAAUUGACUUUCGUGUAAAUCACCGACGAGCCCCGAGAAUCAGCCAGAGUAAAAAUUGUAAAUAAGAUUAAAUGUGCUAUAUUAUACUUUGACCUUUGAUGAAAUGAUUUUGGAUUUAAAAGUAUGUUAGUCAUAUGGAAAUUGAUACCUAAGUUGUAAACUUUGUAUAACUCUGUAUGAAAGUGUCUACUGAUUGUGAUUAAGUUUUAACAGAACUUCUAAUACUUUUGGAAUAAAAUACUGUGUCGCAGUUUCUGGAUGCAUUAUGCUAUACACAUUUAUCUUUUCUUAAUUUAAGUUAACAGUUGGAUACAAAUUUACAGCUGAGAAAAGAUGGAAAACUUGAAGCGAACUUUUUUAUUUCCAGUUUUUAUCUACUAUAUUUUAAUGAGCUGCCUGCCAGAUGUUUUUGCAGUCGAUCCAAGUUUUGAUGUUCCAGUAUUCAAUGUCACUGUCAUUGCAGAAAAGACUGCCAUAUUACCAUGUACCGUGGAGCAUCUUGCGGGGCACAAGGUCGUCUGGACGGAUAGAUUUUCUACUUUGCUUACCUACGAUAUAGGAAGGAUAAUAGACGAUGAUAGAAUAGGCAUAGAAAGACCAUUUACAAAUGACUGGAAUUUACUGAUUCAUGAUGUCAAGUACGAAGACGCGGGAAAAUACGUCUGCCAAAUUAACACAAAACCAGUUAAAACGAAAACAGUUAUGCUACACGUGCUAGUUCCUCCUAAAAUCAACGUAAGUUUAUCAUCCGGUGACAUCAUUGCCAGAGAAGGGGACACUGUGACUUUGACAUGUAACGUUUCUGGCAUUCCUGCCCCAACCGUCCAUUGGUAUAGACGUCCACUUGAUCAUGGCAUUAGUAAAGCCAAAGAAAAGUUGGAACAGUCGAAGCAUACAUAUUACAACUAUUGGCCAUCAUGCACAUACACGUUUCACAAAACAGGAGUCGGUAUGAACGGAGAAUAUUUGAUCAUUCACAAUAUUUCUCGUUACUGUGAUGGCAUCUACGAAUGUGUGGCAUUCAACGAUGUACCACCAGCGGUCAACAAAGACAUUAAAGUGGAAGUUGAGUUUCCUCCAGAAAUAGAACUUCAAAACCGAAGAAUGGGACAAUUUCCUGGAAGGGAGACCAUUUUAGAGUGUCAAAUAACAGCUUUUCCAAAUAACUACAAUGUAUGGCGAUUUAAAGGGAAGGAUUUGAAAACGACCACGAAACAUCGAAUAGAAAUAUAUAACGAUGGAAACCACAGAAUGACGCUUAGCCUGCGUGUUAUGGAUAUAACAUAUGCAGAUUACGGAAAUUAUACUUGUGUAGCCCAAAAUAAGCUUGGCACAGAUGAAGAAAUUAUGAUUUUACAUGAUUCCAGAAAACCUAGUACUCCAACAACAACGACAAUCAGGCAACCAUUGAAGAUAUCAACACCCCCAAAAACGAUAUGGUUACCAGAACCACAGGAUAAACUUGGGCAUGUGGACACACACAUUAAUGGUAAUAAUCUCCAAACAGAAUCCCAACAAAAUGGAGGAAUAACAUGCACCGGCAAUCUUGUAGUUAUUUGCAACAGAAUAGGAAAAAUGCCACAGAAGGGAAAUAACUCGUCAUGCAGGAAUUCUUUGUCUUUGAUUUUUGUUUCUUUUACACUAUUACUUGUAUUCAUAGUAAGCUGACGAACUGGUGACUUUCUUUGCGCAUAAUAUCAAAAUGGAAGCCUCAAAAGUGAAUUAUAAUUAAUUGAAUACCUACAUACAAAUAUAUGUGUUCGGUGUUCAGAAAAAUUUGGCAAAAGAAAAAUUGAACAGAAACAAUAUGAGAUGCUUAAGUGAAAUUAGUUUCCUUGAAACUAUUUCCCAAACUAACGCAAACAAAACAAUCUAAACAUUUGUUUGUGUUUAUUCCAGUUAAUAUUUAUUUGUACACAUGUCACUUAUAGCAAGUAAGGGGAACUGGUAUCAUUUGUAGGAUUUAUGGGUGAAAUAUGAUUUUUUUUUUUAGAAAAUUAAUGAAUUUGUAAUUCAUAUAGACAAUCGUCGUGUAUAUUUGAAGACGCAACAUAAAAGAUUGUGAAAUUUCACUGGCGUCCUAUUAUAUGUGUUAACGGACGCUAAAAAGUAUAAACAGAGUAUGUUUCAAAGCUGUAUUAUGAUGUGAGAUUGAGUUAUCAUUCUUAUGUCUAGUUAUUUUGUAUAUCUCUUUCUUUCUUUUAAAUAAUUAUUAGUUUAUAUGUUCAUUUUCUUUUUUUUCUGUGAAAUAUUUCGUAAAAAUUGUACAGUAAAUGUAACUAUAUAUAUCAACUCUGCUCUUUUCUAUUCCCAUUAAUUUGAUUUUUAAAAGUAGCCUCUUUCCUUAAUUUCAAAAAUUGGAAUACAACUAUACUUUUUGUUUUUGUCACCUCUCAUUUUGUACAAAAGAGGGACGAAAGAUACCAGAGGGACAGUCAAACUCAUUAAUAAAAAAUUAACUGACAACGCCAUGGCUAAAAAUGAAAAGGACAAGCAAUAGUACACAUGACACAACGUAGAAAACUAAAAAAUAAACAACACGAACCCCAUCAAAAACUAGGGGUGAUCUCAGUUGCUCUGGAAGGGUAAGCAGAUCCUGCUCCACAUGUGGCACCCGUCGUGUUGUUUAUGAGAAAACAAUUCCGACAAAUAGCCUAAUUCGGUACGUCACAUUCAUGAAAGGGAAGGGGAUUGUAGUUGAGAUGUAAGCUGUACCUUUUUACUAUUUCCUGAUCUCUCAAGUUGUUGACGCUAUAUAUGUGUAGCUAAAGGUGACUGUAAAAGAAUUAUGACGAGUGUUCCAGUUUACAAGGACAAACAAUUAUUUUAUGUACAAAAUGUUUACACAAGAGCAAAUCCUGUAGUUUUUUUAGUCGAUUAAUUUAUUAUAUUUUUAUGUAAUGUAUGUACAUUUAUAAUAGUUUAAGUAUAAAUAGCAGUCUCUUUGUAUUCUAUCUUAGGGUACUGAGAGAGAGAGAGAGAGAGAGAGAGAGAGAGAGAGAGAGAGAGAGAGAGAGAGAGAGAGAGAGAGAGAGAGAGCACAAAAAAAUUGCGUAGCAAAACCAGAUAACUUAAAUUUAAACAAAAUAUGAGGAAGGAGGGAAACAUACUACAUGUAUUUGUAACCGUGUGAUUCUUUUACUUUUAGCAUGUAAGUGAGUAUCACUUUUAGAAUACUGUAAUGAUAUUUCGUAAGCUAAUCGUAUCUAAUAUUCGCGUAACAACCAAAAUAACACUAUAUAGAUAUAGGAAGAUGUGAUGUGAGUGCCAAUGAGACAACUCUCAAUCCAUAAAACAUUUUUAAAAAAAGUAAACCAUUAUAGGUCAUAUAUGUAUGUAAAACUAACGAGAUGUGAUCUGAUUGUCAACGAGACAACUAUGAUUCAUAAUCUUGUAUUAUUGUAAGAUUUAUGCUCCAAAAUCUGUAGGUUUACAUUUUCUUUUCCUUUCUUUCUGGAAUUCAUAAUGUGAUUUCAAUAAUGUUCGCAGACAUGCAGGUUGUUAUUAUCAGUAUUGAAAUCCAAUGCAAGUUGUAAAUGUUUGUGAAUGGUUUUUUUUUGUAAUUUUUAAAUGUAAAUAUCCAUAGGAUGCCAAAUAUGUUGUUCACGUUUAGUAUUUUUCUGUUCGAUAUCUGGUUUUUAUUAAGUAUUGUUGAAUGUAGAGAUAUUCACGUAGUUUGCAUUUUCUGUGGCUAUGAUAUAUGAAAUGAAUAGACAAUGACUCGUUUCGUUCUGAAAGAUUUCAUUUACUUGUAAUGUGUUGCUUAUGUAUGGCAUCUUCAGUUUGAUUGAACAUGUUCUAAAAAGUUUAUAAUUCAAAGUAAGCCCUUUCGCGAAAUUAACCUAGGUUUCACAACACAACCUGUUUUGCAAUAGUUUUUUUUAUUAUAUAAAUUGGCAUAGUUCAACUGGUAUAUUGAUCAUAUGUUAUGAUAUGGUUUCUUAUUUAUCUUUAACACUAGAAUAAAAGUUAAGGGCUUAGGAAAAAACGACAUUUUCCAUGGGUGGACCAUCGACAUGCAUUAUCACUUACCUUUUUCAAAUAAUUAGACGGAGCUCCCGUUUAUUUUCAUAAACUCAGACUAAAGUUAUUUAUAAAAGGCCAAUGAUUUUAGCCACUCGCUCAUAGCGUACGACAAUAUUAUCAAAACUGAAGUUCUAUUGCUUGUACAAUUAUAAUCAACAUCAAAUAAUAGCAUUACAUCAUUUUUGGUAUUUUCCAAUAGCUUUUAGUGAGCUUAUGGUCUGACCAAUCAUAUGUGCAAUGACAUCUGAGUUACAACUGUAAUAUUUAUAUACUAGCUUAACUUUGUAUAACAUUUGCUUUAAAGAUGAGUAAAAUCAUGGUGACAUUAUUAUGUAACUUAUCAUUAUCAAGACAUUUGAAAUAAAGAAUUUGAUCUUUUUUUCUAUUUUAAAGCUUGCCUCUAAUAUCACUAGUCACCGUUUAGUAGCGUUAUAUUCAUACAAUGUGUACAUUCCUAUUAUACAGAACGUUAGCUGUAUAGAUUUGUGGUUUGCAAAUAAAAUUAUUUUAUACUAAUUACUUUAUUGUUGUUUGACACAUUCAUGAAUGGAUGGACUUCUUACUACAGACCAUAUCUAAUAAAAAGCUUUGAAGGCA